GCGAACACUGAGAGCUCCGACACACAUACACACGCGCUGUAAUAUCGACAGAUUGGAGUCAGGAGUACAAGUCCGUGAGAUCACAUUGCAGUGUCUAAACUCUGACAAGCUUCCUCUUUGAGCGCAACCGGUCGAAAAGGCAGAAAAGAGGAAAUCCCCCAAAAGGAAAUGCCAAUCGCAGCCACUGGCCAGCCGACGACUCAAGAGCCCAGAGUGUGCCCCCGGCUGCCCUCCACCCCAGAGCCGGUCCCUAAAGGGGCUGAUCUAUUCGAAGAGGCGGGGGCGGUCGAGUCGGCGGAGCGAACAGAGUACGAGGGCGCAGAGGGGGGCAGAGGAGUCGGGUACUAUAGUUACAGCCACAGUGGCAUUCGGAGCUUACAGCCCGCAUCCGUCAACAGCUCUCCGCCGCAGUCCCCAUCCGCAUCCCCCUCUGUUCUCCUCCACCCCCUCCACAGCCACCAAAUGGCAAUGGAGCCCCCCAGGACUCGAUCGCGUUCCCGGUCUGGAUAUUACCAGCAUUAUAAUGGGGGGAGUGGAAUUACUGGCAGCGGAGUAAUCGGAACUAACCAGCAGCAUCCCCAACAGCAGCAUCUUCAGCAACUGCAGCAGCAUGGUGCUGGUGGAUGCGCUCCCUUUGGGGCUCACAGCAGCCAAGCAGAGAACCAGCAGAGAACCCCGGGAGGUAACGCUUCUCCGGGCAUCCAGAGGCUUCCCCCCGUUCCUGGCGUCCUCCGCAUCCCAACCGAAGGAGCCUCAGGUGGGUCUUACCAUUGCCACCGAGACCAUGCAUAUGGGGAGAAUGACAAGAGUGAGGAAAGCCCCAGUCCAAAGCGCCAGAGGCUGUCCGGUCAUGCUGUCUUGGAACAGCUAACUUCUUCCACCCCAUCAUCAUCCACCCCUUCUCCCCCCAUUCGCCCUUGGGAGUUGGGACCUCCAAGCAGGAGACAGUCUCAUCCCCAUGCACAUUACCACCAAGAAAGAUCCAUCACACCCUCUCGCCACAGACGCAGCCCCCCGGUUAGGCGUCAGCGUGGUCGCCUCUCCAGACCUGCUCGCCACUUGCCUCCCCAUCAUCACCCCUUGACUGAAGGCCCCGCACUCCACCCGUCGCCAUCGGAACGCCAGGAUGAAAACUUCCACCGCAACCCGCAUUCCUCAACGCACCAGAUGUACCCAGCGCACACCUACAGUCAACCCCCCACACAUGGAAGUGGGGGUUCAGAGGAUCGCCGAGCUUUCCAUCCCCCCACCUUGUCCCCCCGACUACUGCACCCAGCUGCACAUCACCACCAUCACAAUCACCAUCAGCAGCAACAGCAUCAUGCAGCAUCCCAGCAAGGGGCCAUGGUCAUGGACUUGCAUGAACAGCUUCAGCAGAGCAGCGUACCAGUCUCCUACACUGUGACCCCAGUCGCACCUCAUGGCCUCGCAGCACCGCUGUGUAACGGUCAACACCUUCCCCCCAGCUGCUCCUCACAACAACAAGUUCCUGCCUGCAGUGUGGUAUUCAGUACUGGACAACACUACCACCCGAUGCUGCAGGCAUGUUCGAUGCAACAUUUGCCAGUGCCAUAUGCCUUUCCCUCUCUUCUGUCCAGCGACCCUCAGUUCCUUCUUUCCCCUCCACCCCAUCUCGCUCAUCACCCGCCACACCUCCACGCCCACAGCCAGUUCCUGCCAUUUCAAACACAACAGCCACGAUCGCCUUUACAGAGGAUUGAAAAUGAGGUUGAACUUCUAGGAGAGCAGCUCUCACUCGGUGGAGGCUUUGGCUAUGGCCAUCACCACCAUCACCAUCACCACCAGCCUCCCUCCACACUUCCGCCCUCCACACCACUCCAGUUUCUUUCACACCAUGAACCCCUGUCACAAGAGCUCUUUACAGUGCCCUAUCCCCACUUCAUGCCACGGCGAUUCACCAGCCGGCGCUACCCCGCUCGUUCCCAACAGGCUGUGCCCCCUUCAAGCUACCACCCGAGCUUCCUCCCUUACUUCCUGUCAAUGCUCCCCGUCCCACAAAAUGUAGCUCCCGCCAUCAGUCUGGAGCUUGAUGUCGAUGACGGAGAGGUGGAGAACUAUGAGGCCUUGCUGAACCUUGCAGAGCGUCUCGGAGAGGCCAAGCCCCGUGGCCUAACUAAGGCAGAUAUAGAACAGCUCCCAUCUUACAGGUUCAACCCCAACAACCGUCAGUCUGAGCAAACGCUGUGUGUGGUCUGCAUGUGUGACUUUGAGUCCCGCCAGCUUUUAAGGGUUCUGCCCUGCAAUCAUGAAUUCCAUGCCAAGUGUGUCGACAAGUGGCUUAAGGCUAAUCGAACCUGUCCUAUCUGUCGAGCUGAUGCAUCCGAGGUCCAGCGAGACUCUGAGUGACUCCCUGAUUUUUUUUUUUUUUUUUUUUUUUUUUUUUUUUUUUUCAUUUUGGAUAUGCCAGGCUAAUGGUGAUCCUUGCUCCAGUCAUCACGCACAUAAAUGGGACCAGUAUUCCUUCAGCGCAUAUCCAAAAGGACUAUUAACAAUACACUUUUCUACAUAUUGCUUCAAAUUAGGAAUAAUAAGACCCUCACACUGGUCUGCCUUCUGUGCACUCUUUACUAAAAAUGGCCUUUGAAACAUGCACAGCAAAGACAUUGCAUUAGUAGAAAACAAAGUUCUGUAUACUUGUUGUAACAAACUUUGCGGGAGGAAUUGCAGUCCAAAGAUUUUGUUGUUGCUGUUCUAGUUGAAUGUUCUGUAAGUAUUUCCAUCUUUAAUAGCACAGACUGUCCUCUCAGCUCAUUGCAAUUGGCAUCGUCUGUUCAUUUUAAUUUCUGUAUGUGUAUUUUAGCAUUCCUCCAUGUGAGAUCAGCCUGUAUGGGGUGGAAAAAUAUAUUGUACACUGUGAUUUAACCCUGGAGACACCGACUUUGGAACAUCAUACAAUAAUAUACUUUUGCUCUGUAAGCCUGUGUGUUUUUCUGUCUCCUCCUUUAGGUAUAGAGUGUGCCACAGUGCAAUCUCUUCAAUGCCCCCCUACCCCCCAACACACACACACACAGACACAUACACAUGAUAUGCUCUCUGUAAGGUUUAUGCCCUAAUGCCAUAAUGUAUCUCAUAUUCAUCGUUGGCACAGGAAAGGCUUUAUGGUGUAACUUAUGACUAUUUAUCACAAUUGUUAAUUUGGCUCAAUAUGGCAGCCAAGCAUAUGCUUUACAGAGAAUGCAAGUGUUCACGUGCAUCAGUUUUAUUUCUUUGCAAUACAAUUUGCACCACACACGUCAUCACACUGAUGUAUUGAAAUCAAAUUUUGUCUUCUCAAAUUGUGUGUUUUACCUGAUCCACUCUUCACUCAUGUCAAGUCCGUGAAAAAAUUAAAUCUUUUUUUGAUAAAGGACAAAGGGGACUGGAUGUAUCCAGUGUGUUUUUCAGUUGUAUUGAUGUACUGUUUUUCUGUUGCUUGGUACAGUAGCAAUUACCUCAGUCCCACUAUUUAUGGCUUUCCAGACAAUAUUGCGACCAUGAGUUAUUGCAUUUUGCUGUCUUUUUCCCAUGCAAGUUGUUUAUCUCACUAUGAAACACUAUUAAUAUGGUGUCAUAGUAGUUAUAUUAUGUAUUUGAUCUGUAACCCAAAUUAUUUGAAGGCCUGUAAUGAUGAUGAUGAAUUUUUUAACAAACAUUUGUACAUUUUGUAUGAGGUAUUACUAGGUAUACUUUAUAAAGUAGUGCAAUUGUUUCCUUAGUCCC